AUGUCUCACUCUAACAUUGUCUAUCAUCUCCUCAAAGCUUAUAUUGAGUGGCAUUACUGUCUUUUCCGUAGGCAAACCCUAUUUUGUCUAUGCCUAUUUUGUAAUGUGAGACAGAAAUUUAACACCUCAUGGUGGUAAAUGAGCAUAUCAUUAUACCAAGAACACUUCUUCCAUUUUACAUUUCAAUGGCUUUCCCCGGAAACCUUCUCAUACGACACCGUUUCAUCUCACUCAUAAACCCUAAAACCCUAAAUUCCAUCAACUCCAAUUUCCCAAUCAGAACCAUCACAUCCUUACCCAAAUCCGCAAAUUCCCAAACCAAGAAACCCCUCAGCACUCUCUUCAGCGAAGUAAUGUCAGGUAAAACCACAACAAUCGAAGAAGAACAAGACGGUGAAGGCGAUAUCGAGCUGAAGAAGAAACUGAAGCAAUUAACAGAAGAAGUUAGAACCAUCAAGGAGAAAAAAGCGAUUCCAAUUGAAGAGGUUCCGAAGAAAGUUGAAAAGAGGAGUUUAUAUUCUGCGUUUACCAAUAAACCUGUUACUGAUGGUGUAACAAAAAUGGAGGUAGAGAAGAAGAAAAAAAAGAUAGAACCGUUUGUUAUUAAGGAGCUUUCAAUUGAUACGGUGAUGUUUUUGAAGUAUUUGUAUGAAAAUGGGUAUUUUAAAGAUGCUAAAUUUGCAAAUGUUAAUGAAAGAUUUGAUCUUGGUUGGUUUGAGAAUCGUUACGCUUUGGGGUAUGCUAAGUUUGCUGCAAUCGAAUUUGCCAAGGAUAAUCGUGAAAUUGCAAAAUGGCUAUCAGGAAGUGCAUUGAAGCAAGUGGCAGCGUUUGGUUGCCCCUCCACCAGCAGGAGUAGUGUCUUCCCUGCGAAAAGACUGCGGAAAUUUUUUGAGGUUCCAGAAAAUACAGUUUGCAGUAAAUGCAUGCUGCGAGACUCGUGCAAGUUUGUGAAUCAAAAUGUGUGGAAAUGUGAUGCUAAUAAUUUGAAUGUGGAGAUAUUUAUGAACGUUAUUAUUUCAUAUGCUUUACACUGGGUGCAUCCUCAGCUGGUAGUGUCUGAUGAAGUGAACAAAUCAGUCGAUCAUUUACUGAAUGAGUUUGUGAAACUGAGUCAAAUCACCUGAGACCGUUUCUAGCUAUAAAAGUAACUUUUAUUGCUUUAACUUUUUCUCGCACAACCUCGGGAAACUGAGAAAUUCUCAUAUGAAGUGGAUUUCCGGCCCUAAAAAUUUUCACCAACAUAUAUUCUUUGCAGACCAUUUUUGGAGAUUGUUUUUCUUGCUUCACAAGCCUAAGUUUUCCAAUGAUGCUGCUCAACUAAAAAUAAUGAAUUUAUUUGGAAGAUCUACCUUUUUGAAAUUCUGAUGUGAGUAGCAAUGUUUUCUUUGGAUGGAAAGCUGUAAGAAACACACUCGGAUCAUUGUUAUAGGUUUGCUGGAUGGUUUCUUCAAAGGGUAUAGUUUUGAAGAAAAUGUUAGUGUAUUAUCUCAUUUAACUUCUGGAAGAGGAUUUUAGUUCAAAUUAUGAUCAUAGAAAAGGAAGACAUCAAUAGAAACAAUCAGCUGCAAUUUGAAUUAUUAAUUUGACAAACAUUAUUUUGUUUUUGAUAAUUGACACAAUCAGUUUGUUGUAGAGUACUAGUCUACUAGAGUAUUUGUGAUGUUUUUGUAA